AUGUCACCUGCCAAUCCGAAGAGCGGGCAGACUCCCUUCGCAGGCUUGAGUCCAAAGAGUAGAAGAGCUGCGUUGAAGGAAAGCGUUGAACGUUUGUCACGUCCCCGCAUCUCUGAAGGCGGUACUUGUCACAGGGAAUGGAAGAGGCAGGAAGGAAAGGAAGUUAUGCGAAAAUUGCUACACUCUCCCAUGGUUGGAUUUGCACGAGAUUACGGUUUGCCCGCCCCAGUGACGCCGUUCCAGCCACUCGACUCUACUCGCAUGACAAUUGCUAAUGCCGAUCGCAGUGGGACGGUCCGUCGUGGACCCACAACUAGAUUGCGACUGGACGGAACUUCCCUCUUCCCUGAGGAGAGCUCCGGUGUCAAGCACACCAAUCUUCUCAAGCGCUUCGGUGAUUAUAAACCUCAACAGAAAGAGCCUCCAAGAGCUUCACCAGAAUCCAUUGAUGCGAACACUAACGAGGAGCAACGGGGAAAUUAG